UAAUGAAAAGCACAUCAGGACAAGAUGUUUGAAUUCCUACUCAAAUAUUCACUAAGGCCGUGUAUAAUUCCCAUCUAUCAUUAAAACAGGUGGAGGUAAAUCCAUACACAGGUGAUGAGAUGAAAGAUGCACACCUAGUGGUGUAUAGACAGUUACUCUCAUGAAGAACUCAAUAUGGAAAGCCAACCCAUCCUUGCAGUCAGUGACAACAGACUUUGACAAAGGAAUAUGAACUCAUGCUGAAGUAUGUCUCCACCACAUAAUCAAAAUGUCAUAAAGUAUGGAAGUUUUUGUGAAUAGAUCCAACAACAAUCAACACGAUGAGAGUGACAGGCUUAAUCCCAGCACGAUUUUUAACACUGACAUCACAUGUGGUGCUGUUGAUUAGUGUGUUACUGUCUAGGGAGGAAAAUGUACUUGCUUGCUUGCCAGUGAGCUACACAGAAGUGGAAUACAGGAGGCAUGAUGCAGAAUUUCUUGGUGGAUUGAUAGCAGGCCUGGCUCUGACUGCUCUUGAGUGUAUUGGCUUCUUCACCGGUGUCUCCAUGUUCACAGGAUUAGUUUCACUUAUAUCUAUUGUUUGUCACACUGGAGCCUCCAUCAGCUUGGCAUACAUGGUGAUGGACGCGUGGGACUGUCGACUUUAUUGGUGGGUCUUUGGGUUAUCCUCUGUUGUUCCAGCUAUAAUUGAGAUAGGAGUUAUGAUUAAUGUGUUGAUGCUCAAGAAAAAUGUGUGAAAAUAUGCAUAUACUAGAUUUUGGCCUUCUAAAUUAGAUUCUUAAUAUUUUGAACUUUAUAUGGUCAAGCGACUCGACUGUUGGGGCAGUGAUCCACACAUUCGCCAACAGGUAGGAAAGAAAUGCUAUGUAAUAAAGAACCUUAAUAAAAGUUAGGCAUUGAAGUCCAACUGAUCUGUUCAUCAUUUCACAGAUUUGCAGAUAAUUUGUAGUUUUCUUUUUAAAAGUAAUAAUAGUAAUAGAUUAUUGCACUGAGACUUAUAAAAGUUAACAGAAAGGAAACAGUAUUCUUUAACCUUUUGUUUUUUUCUUUUCCUGCAGUGGUAGAAUUUUAUUUGUUGGCAUUCCUUGUUAUAGUUAUACAGUACUUGGUAGUUCAUAAUGUUGUAUUUUAAAUUUUAUUGGAAUUUACUGCUUUUUGGCUUUGCAAAUUUGCUGCUGCUUCGCUUUCCAUUCCUUUUAUCAUAAGUUGGCUGAAUUACAAAGAAAUUCAUAAUAUUAUUACUGUAUUUGAUGCAGUACAAAUAUAAACCAUCUAAAGCUAAUAACUUGCCAAAAGCUCUUUAGUUUUAACAGCCAUCCCUCCUUUUUAUGAAUGAAAAGCAUUUUAUACAUGAUUAAACUUAUUAAAUUCAAAUGUCUCAGAAAAUGCUACAUUCCCAUCGUAUGUUCGAUGUACACCUCUCUAACUACUUCACUCUAACAGUACUCUAAAUGUAAAUAUUAUUAAUUUGUAUUUGAGAAAAUAGUGUUUUAUUACACUAUUCCAAAAUAUUAUGUACAGUAUAGGCUUUAUGAGACAGCCACAGCAUGGACUAGUGGAUUAGACCAUAGCAGGAGAGACUUAAACAUGGUCUGUCUUAGGUAUAACAUAUUGGCAUGUGAGCCAGGUCUAGUCAAAUAUUAUAUAUUACGUUCUACUUGGCAUGUUAUUAUCAGGUAAUGAAAUGUUUCCCGAUUCAAAUUGGCAUGUAUAUUGUAAUAAAAAUGGGAUUGGAAAGAA